AUUCUUUCCUUUCUCGUGCUUCCAUACCUCACGUGACCGUUCUUCGUUUCCGAGCAUCUGAUUGGCUGUCGCGGUGGAGGCAGUGUUUUCAACCUGAUACACACGGAAGUGACUUUUUCCAGUCACAAGAUGAUUUCCUUUAAAGCUGAUAUUUCCUUCCACUAAGAUAGACUGUGUCUGUGCUUCAAUUUAUGCUCUUUUUCUGUCUGAACGACUUCCUUCUUUAACUUUUUUGUACCGCGCGCGUGCUUACAGAUGAGUGGUCAAAGUCGCGCGGUCAACUGGAUGAUGACCGCGGCGAUCGUCGCCCUCCUCCCGGUGACAUCAGCAGCCCCGCAGCCGCACGUCGUCUUCAUCAUGGCGGAUGAUUUCGGCUGGAACGACGUGGGCUACCACGACUCCGAGAUCAAGACCCCGAACCUGGACCUGCUGUCCGCCAAAGGCGUCCGCCUGCAGAACUACUACGUGCAGCCGCUGUGCAGCCCGUCCAGGAACCAGCUGAUGACCGGCAGGUACCAGAUCCACACGGGCAUGCAGCACCAGAUCAUCUGGCCCUGUCAGCCCUACUGCGUCCCUCUGGACGAGAAGCUGCUGCCUCAGCUCCUGAAGGAGGCGGGCUACGCCACCCACAUGGUGGGCAAGUGGCACCUGGGCAUGUACAAGAAGGACUGCCUGCCCACCCGCCGAGGAUUCGACUCGUACUUCGGUUACCUUCUAGGCAGUGAGGAUUACUACACGCACACCCGCUGUUACCCCAUCACCGCCCUAAACCUGACCCGCUGCGCGCUGGACCUGAGAGACGGCGAGGAGGUCGCCACGGCGUACAAAGGAGGUUAUUCCACCGAACUGUUCAGCCAGAGAGCCAUCAGCAUCAUCGGCAAACACAACGCCAGCCAGCCGCUCUUCCUCUACGUGGCGAUGCAGGCGGUCCAUGAGCCCCUGCAGGUGCCGGAGCGCUACCUGACCCCCUACGGUUUCAUCAAGGACGCCAGCCGCAGGAAGUACGCCGGCAUGGUGUCGGCCAUGGACGAGGCGGUGGGCAACAUCAGCCUGGCUCUGCAGCAGGCCGGACUCUGGGACAACACGGUGCUGGUGUUCUCCACGGACAACGGAGGCCAGACGAGAGCCGGCGGCAGCAACUGGCCCCUGAGGGGGAGGAAGUGGACGCUGUGGGAAGGGGGCGUCCGGGGAGUCGGGUUCGUCAGCAGCCCGCUGUUGGAAAAGCCCGGAACCGUUAACGACGAACUCAUGCACAUCUCUGAUUGGCUGCCCACGCUCGUGGGGCUGGCAGGAGGCAGCACCAACGGGACCAAGCCUCUGGACGGGUUCAACAUGUGGAACACCAUCAGCAAAGGCUUCGCCUCACCCAGACUGGAGCUGCUGCACAACAUUGACGCUCUCUAUGACGACACCUCUCCAUGUCCUGGCAGGCACCAACAGUUAACUUUGGCUCAGGGGUUUAGAGGAGAACCCUGGGCCAGAUCCAGCUUCAAUGUGUCCAUUCACGCCGCCAUCCGAUACGUGAAUUGGAAGCUGCUGACGGGAUACCCAGGUUGUCCUACUUGGUUCCCCCGACCAGAACACAACGACUCUGAGUCCAGUUCCCCCGGGGCAGACCCCCUGAAGCCCGUGAUGCUCUUCGACGUCCAAAAAGAUCCAGAGGAGAGAAAUGAGGUGUCGGCUCAGUUCCCCGCCAUCGUCGACUAUCUCCUCAACAGACUUCAGUUUCAUCUGAAAAAUUCUUUGCCCAUAAACUUUCCCGACGAUGACCCCAGAUGUGACCCGGGGCCCUCUGGAGCCUGGGGUCCAUGGGCUUAGAUGAAGAGGACAGUGGUUCUGUACCUUUUUAUGUACUGCACUUUUUAAUAACAACAGGGAAUGUACUUUUUAAAUUCUGUUGGAUCAUUUGAAACUUGUUUACUUUUGCCGAAUCCCAGAGUAUCAUGUUUACGAUCUUUUUUUUUUUUCGAGUGAUUUGUUCUUCUCUUUUUUUGCUGCACAUGUUGCCAUGUUUUCUCUUUCAGGUUUUGGCACCUCAUUAAUCUGCUUUUCAGAAGCAGCAGGCGUGGGAAUGCUCCACAAACAACACGAGGAACAAACGUAUUUAUCCAGAAGGAAACUAAACCCUGAUGUGAUUCCAGAAUGUGGAUUUGUUUAUGGACCAGAAUGGAAAGAGUUUAUGAACAUUUGAAAUGCUUUAUUUUUUCUAAUAAAUCAACUUCAGAUUUUGUUUAAAAAAAUAAAUGUGAUUAUAUUUUAUAA